GCUGGGAUCGAGCACAACUUUAUAUAAACCGAGCCCUUUAACUUUUCUAAACAAAGUAAAGAUGAACGCUAAAUAUACCAAAAGAAAAGCAAAGCAAUUCAAACCCACAACUCUGUCUUAACAGCAUCCAAGGCUUCUUCUAUCUCUCUUCUCUCUUCUCUCUUCUCUCUUUCUCUCUCCCCCCCCCCCUCUCUCUCUGUAACUCACUAAGGAAAGAAACCUUCCAAGUUUGAAAUGCCCACUGCUUUUCUUCAAUCCUGAUAGAAAAAAAAAAAGGAAUGGGUUCUGUAGAAGGAAUCCACCUCCAUUCCACAAAGCUUUCAAUGGCUGUUUCUGCUAUGAGACGUGUCUUCCUUUCUUUUUUACUUCUGUUUCUCGUUUCUUCUUCUCCUUCUUAUUCAAUUUCUUUACACAAUUCAUCAUCUCUUCAGAUGCAAGCUUCAAUCUUUCUUUCCCUUAAACAGGCUUUCUACGUUCCCACCACUUGUCUUGAUACUUGGAAUGAAUCCAACUUUAUGUCCCUCUGUUCAUGGACUGGCAUCCAAUGUGAUGACAUGGGAAGUUCAGUAGUAUCGCUUGAUAUAUCCAAUUUUAACAUCUCCGGGGUUAUAUCCCCUGCAAUCGGCGAACUCCAAAGUCUUCUGAACCUUUCCAUCGCUGGAAAUAGUUUCUCCGGCCUAUUUCCGCCUGAACUCCAUAAGCUAACCAGUCUUCGAUUUCUCAACAUAUCCAACAACCAGUUCAAUGGGAGCUUGAGCUGGAAUUUCUCAAGUUUAAGGGAGCUGGAAGUGUUGGACGUUUACAACAAUAACUUCUUCGGGUCUCUUCCUCUUGGGGUGACGGAGCUUCCGAAACUGAAGCAUUUGGAUCUUGGUGGGAAUUAUAUCUCAGGGAAGAUACCACCCAGUUAUGGAGCCAUGGAGGAGCUGAACUAUCUCUCCCUUGCUGGAAACGAUUUGGGAGGUCUUAUACCGGGUGAGCUUGGCAAUCUUACUAACCUGAAGCAGCUGUAUUUGGGUUACUUCAACGAAUUCGAUGGUGGUAUCCCGCCGGAGUUCGGCAAGCUGGUCAAUCUGGUUCAUCUCGACCUUUCAAGUUGCGGAUUGGAAGGCCCAAUUCCGCCAGAAUUGGGUAAUCUAAACAAGUUGGACACUCUGUUCUUACAGACCAAUCAGCUAAGCGGUUCUAUUCCACACCAGUUUGGCAACUUGAGUAGCCUGAAAUCUCUUGAUCUUUCAAACAAUGGUCUCACGGGAGAGAUUCCGGUUGAGUUCUCAGAGCUCCGGGAGCUUUCCCUCUUGCAUUUAUUUAUCAACAAGCUGCACGGGGAGAUUCCACGUUUCAUUGCAGAGCUACCAAAAUUAGAAGUGUUGAAGCUUUGGCAGAAUAACUUCACAGGGACCAUUCCCCCAAAGCUUGGACAGAAUGGUAAACUGACAGAACUCGAUCUCUCUACUAAUAAGCUUACUGGUUUGGUCCCUAGAUCUCUCUGCCUGGGAAGGAAGCUCAGAAUCUUGAUUUUGCUCAACAAUUUUCUGUUUGGGCCACUUCCCGAUGAUCUUGGAGACUGUGUGACACUGUUGAGAGUUCGGCUUGGGCAGAACUACUUGAGUGGUUCGAUUCCUUAUGGGUUUCUUUACUUGCCGGAGCUGUCACUAAUGGAACUCCAGAACAAUUACCUUACUGGGUGGUUUGCGGAAGAUCCAAACAAGGUACCUUCGAAACUAGGCCAGUUGAAUCUCUCAAACAAUCGCCUAUCUGGGUCUAUUCCAUCUUCUAUCGGAAAUUUCUCAAGCUUGCAGGCGCUUUUACUCGGUGGAAACCAAUUCACAGGGGAGAUUCCAUCUGAACUGGGCCGAUUAAAAAAUUUGCUCAAGUUAGACAUGAGCAGAAACAACCUGACUGGUAGAAUCCCUCCAGAUAUAGGUAAUUGCCUGCUACUGACUUAUUUAGACUUGAGCCAGAACCAACUCUCUGGUCCUAUCCCAGUUCAAAUCUCUCAAAUUCACAUACUGAAUUACCUUAACAUUUCCUGGAACCACUUAAACCAAAGCCUUCCAAAGGAAAUUGGAGCCAUUAAGAGCCUAACCUCAGCAGAUUUCUCACACAAUGAUUUCUCUGGUCGGAUACCUGAGAGCGGCCAAUUUGCAUAUUUUAACUCCACUUCAUUUGUGGGUAAUCCUCGACUCUGUGGUUCCUAUUUGAACCCAUGCAACUAUUCAGCUACGGCACCCUUGCAGUUUGAUGAUGGACAAAGUGCUAGGCCUCCAGUCACCAGCAGAUUUAAGCUCCUCUUUGCAUUGUGCCUCUUGGUUUGUUCAGUGGUUUUUGUAAUUCUGGCAGUCAUCAAGACACGUUCUGUAAGGAGGAGGAGUUCAAAGACAUGGAGGCUGACAGCAUUCCAGAAGCUAGAAUUUGGCAGUGAAGAUAUUCUGGAGUGCUUGAAGGAAAACAACAUCAUAGGAAGAGGUGGAGCUGGGAUUGUUUAUAAGGGAACAAUGCCAAAUGGAGAAGAAGUUGCAGUUAAGAGACUUCUGGGAAUAAGCAAAGGUUCUUCCCAUGAUAAUGGAUUCUCUGCUGAGAUACAGACACUGGGCAGGAUCCGGCAUCGGAAUAUCGUGCGGUUGUUAGCGUUUUGUUCGAAUAAGGAAACCAAUUUGCUUGUUUAUGAAUACAUGCCCAAUGGGAGCCUGGGUGAAGUUCUCCAUGGGAAGAGAGGGGGAUAUCUGGAAUGGGAUACUAGGCUCAAAAUAGCCAUUGAAGCUGCCAAAGGCCUGUGUUACUUGCAUCACGAUUGUUCUCCACUAAUUGUCCAUAGGGAUGUGAAGUCAAAUAACAUCUUGCUGGACUCUGACUUUGAAGCCCAUGUAGCAGAUUUUGGCUUGGCCAAGUUCUUACAAGAUACUGGGACUUCAGAGUGCAUGUCUGCCAUUGCUGGUUCCUAUGGUUACAUUGCUCCAGAGUAUGCGUACACAUUGAGAGUGGACGAGAAGAGUGACGUUUACAGCUUUGGAGUGGUACUGUUGGAACUGAUAACAGGUCGAAGGCCUGUUGGUGAUUUUGGAGAGGAGGGAUUAGACAUUGUUCAAUGGACUAAGAUGAACACCAACUGGAACAAAGAAGGGGUGAUGAAAAUCCUGGAUGAACGUUUAACCAAUGUUCCAUUGGAUGAGGCGAUGCAGGUGUUCUUCGUGGGUAUGCUCUGUGUCCAAGAGCACAGUGUGGAGAGACCCACCAUGAGGGAAGUUGUUCAGAUGCUGGUACAAGCUAAGCAACCAAGCACAUUCCCUUCACGAUGAACUUUCCUCAUAUUUGUUUCUGUGUAUACAAGUUUUGUCAGUGUUUUCCUCUAUCUUGAGCUCAACGAUCUAAUAUAUAUAUAAAUAUAACCAAAGCUGCAGUCGGUUGGAAUUGAUUGGAUCAUAAUAUCACCACCCAAUUCACCCGGUUUGUUCUUUCAUUUCAAUUA